AUGGUUCGGUCUUUAAUUCAUCUCCCAGACGAAAUUUUGAAUUCAAUACUAUGCCUCUCUUCUCCUCAAACUUGUGCUGCUGUCGAACAAACCCACCCUCGAUUUCGAAAUGUGACGAAUGAACCUCUGCUAUGGCGUUACUAUUGUCAGUCGCAUUACAAAUAUUGGGACCGACGACAUGAGAUACGCCAGAAACUUACUCGCCCCGUGAAAACAAUCGAAUGGAAGACACUUUUUGUAUCAAGAUACCUGGUCGAUCGCUCCGUUACCCAGCUUCUUGAUAGUAUCCUCGAUAGCCAAACGGGUCGCAUCAAGAAAUUCUGCUCUAUGAUUGAUCUAGGGUACGAUGCAAAAGAUACUCUUCUACGGCAUAGCCGGGUAAAUUCUGGGGAGGAUAUAUUGGCUAGAAGAUACUAUGCCCGCGCUCUCUUGACUUGCCUUCAUCGAAGUAUUGCUGUGUCAGAAUGGGCCAAGCUGAAGCGUGGGGAGCCGAUGCACCUUGAUCGAGCCCUGGGGUGUUUUGAUCUCUUCGUAUCUGAAAGUGAAAAUGGAGAUUUGGAUGAAAUCAAAGACUCUCUCAACAUGAUACUAGAACGCUUUGUUGCGUCUUGCUCCGAUAUUGACGUUCUUACCCCCCGGGAUAAAGCUCUCGCCGUUGCAUCCUGGCUGAGUGCAAAUGAUCUCACUGGACUCGAUCCAGAAAGAGAAUAUCAUACUCUGGAGCAUAACUUUUUGGGAUUAGCUCUCAACAAACCCGGUCAUAAUUCUCUCCCGCUGGUGUCAGCUGCGAUAUAUUGCUUUGUCGCCCGGGGAGUUGGCCUUAAUGCAUACCCCUGUGGUUUUCCAUUCCAUGUCCAUGUCAUCAUCACCCCCCAGCCUGGAUUGGACAUGAACGGUAACACUGUGCGCGGGGUAAGGCAGGGGGAGCCUCUGUACCUAGAUCCAUUCCGGGGAGCGAGAGAAAUACCUAUCUCGGAUUUGCGCAGUCAGUUGACCUUCCUAGGGAUGUCCAACUUAGAUCAGACCAUGACUUUGGGCGAGUCCGACAUCUCGAGCGUCAUCCUGCGCUGUGGCAAGAAUAUAUUGAACUCAGUCCGUUUGCGGGCCACCUCAGUAGAUGCAGUGAGCGCAAAAUACGCUGCACUUUGGUCUGUGAUGCUACUGUCCAGUGAUUCAAGGCCGAUGGACCUGCACCAUCAGUUGCCGCGACUUAUGGAAUUAUUUGCCGCGGAUUUCCCUUCGGACAUAUUUCUAGUCGAAAAACACAUUGCUCCUCUGUUUCACGGGCAGUAUGAACACGAGCUCAUUUUGGAGAGUCUGCAUGUAAUGAGGGCCGUGGAUGAAAUUCCAAAGCAAGUUCGAAGACGAACUGAUGGCAACACAAACACACGAUAUUCGAUUGGUCAGGUUUUCCGCCAUCGUCGCUAUGAUUACAAGGCUAUCAUCACUGGGUGGGACCCGGAAUGUGGUGCGGGUGAGCAGUGGAUGAUGAGAAUGGGUAUUGAUCGAUUAGAAGCUGGGAGGCACCAAAGCUUCUACCAUGUACUUGUGGAAGAUCGAAGCGUCCGAUAUGUGGCAGAGGAAAAUAUCGAACUUAUACAGCCUCAAUUCACUGAAUUGUCAAGCAGUCUAACUGCUAUUGCGGGUAGGCAUUUCAAACGUUGGGAUGAAACGAGCUUGAUGUUUGUGAGUAAUAUGAAGGAUGAAUACCCCGAUGACUAG